AUGGAAAUCCAAUACAACAGGGCAGUUCUAUUAGGAGAAGGUGGCUAUGGAUCAGUGUUUCCAGGAACGUUUCAAGACCGUGAAGUGGCAGUCUCAGUGGCAGUCAAACGAGUUCUCCUUAACAUGGCUAACAAUAAUGAGGAAGAAGCUUUAAGAAAAUUAGACCACCCUAAUAUCGUCAAACUCUUCCACGUUGAGUAUAACAGCGAUUUCAAGCUCUUUGCUUUGGAGCUCUGCACUGCAUCAUUAGAUCAGGUAUUUCUGGGGCCUGAUCAUCCCAAAAAAUACAAAGGGCCUAAAUUGCCAUGCCAUUUUGAAGUUUUCUCACAGCUGGCUUCGGGUCUCGAGUACAUACAUUCCAAUAAAUUAAUUCAUCGAGAUAUAAAGCCAGGAAAUGUGCUCAUCUCGGUCGACUCAAGCACUGCGCAAGAUGUUAAAGUAACAGUGAAAUGGGCUGAUUUUGGUCUGUCCAGGACAGUGAAUGAACGAGGGACAUUUACGAUGACUAGUGGAGUGAAAGGAACAAGAAACUGGCACGCGCCCGAGUUGCUUAGACUUCUUCAGGAAUCACAAACAAUAGGCCGACCGCAGCCCAGAGGUACCGUCCAAAGUGACGUAUUUGCACUUGGCCUCGUCUUCGCCUAUCUCCUGUUAGACGGGCAGCACAUUUACGGUUCUAACGAGAUUGACAUUAUUAACAACAUCUUAUUGGGCAAAACGAUCAACAUGGAUAGUAAGUUAGUCUAUUUACGUUAA